AAAUAAUAAAAUCUUGUGUUUUGCAUAAAAAGCACUUUGUUUUUCAUUUCUUAACAUUUAUUGUCAAAAUGGGAGGAAGCACCUUAAACGAUUUUAUGCAUUCUUCAAUAAUAGAAAGUAAUCUCGAAGCAAGCUCUUCUUUAAGAGAACAACAGUUAAAUGACAGGACAUUAUAUAAUCCAUUUUUAAAUCAUCAAUCAAGUUUUUCAACGAUUUACCCAACCUAUAAUCCUUCGGAAUUUCAACUGGAUCCUAUAUCCCUUCUUCCUCCUGAGUUACCGCCUAGACCUGCUGCGUAUAGAUCAAUAGCAGCUACUACUUCUCCCACUGCAUCUUCUAAUAAUAAAGUCCGCUUGAUAUAUACUAAAUCAGGAUUUUAUCUCAAAACCACAUCCAUAAAUUCAAUACAUGGUUUUUUUGCUAUUGUUUCGAAAUCAAUGGAAAAUGUAAACAUUUUAAUAGCUUGGAUCCCAGAAUAUUUAAUUGAGCCUCAUGAUAUUACAAAAUUUAUUGAAUUAGAUGGUGUCUUAGCUGUAGAUCAGGGAUUUCCAACUAUUGAUUUGAACUUUGGUGAGGAAGAAACGAUGACAAUCGGAAUAAAGAACAUUCAUUCGUUAUACAUAUGUCCACCAUUAUCAACUACUCAAGGCUCUAUCAUCAUCACAUCUCGGACUGGUGACAUUUUGAAACCAUUAUGGUAUUCGGCCUUGAAUGAUUCAACCCUCUAUCAUAAUUGUUAUUUAGAUAAAGCUUCGUGGCCAGGAUAUGAUAUUAUAGAUAUAUUAGAUGCAUUCACUCCAUUAAAGAGGGAUGCAGAGCAUCUAUAUUUGGUAGGUGAAUCUAUUUCUGACAAUAAUACAAAUAAAACAAAUAUAAAUUCUGUUAAAGAGCAAGAAUUCUCUGCUGAAGAAGCAUGUGGGUCAAGUAUGGAUCCUAUUACUAAAGUACUACAAGAGGCUCGAUGGAAUUUACUUGAGCGGUUUUCAAGAAUUACUCAAUAUUCCCGAAAUACUGCAGCACAAGUGCUUGAACACCCUAUAACGAGACCUUUGUUACCGUUAAUGCCACCUUCUGUUCAAGCCUUAAGUAGAAAUGGCAAUGUACAGAAUACAAUAAAUGAAUAUAAUAUGGCUUCAUAUUAUUUAGCAAGAUGGAGUAUUACUACCUCAGCUUCUCGUUAUUAUCAAGCAGACGAUUUGGAUGGUCUAUUAGUAGGUAUGCCUGAGCUUUAUGGUCCUGCUCCAAUUCAUACUCGUCGUUCGCCUCUUUUGCCUGAAGAAUGGGUUCAGCUCUUUGAUAAUGAAGGUCGUUUAGCAGUCUCAGUUGAGUAUGUGCGAAAACUGAUCUUUCGUGGGGGGAUUCAUUCUGAUAUUCGUAUUGAGGCAUGGAAGUUUCUCUUAGGAAUUUACCCUUGGGACUCUAACUUUAAUGAACGAGAGGCAUUACGUCGAAGUCGACUCGAUGCCUAUUACAAUAUAAAGGCACGCUGGUUUGAUCAUCCUGAAGUGUGCAGUACGAAAGAAUUUCAAGACGAGAAGCAUCGUAUUGAUAAAGAUGUCCAUCGUACCGAUCGAACUCAAGCGGCCUUUGAAGCUGAAGAUCUCCCUAACCCAGAUCCUGCUAUGGCAGUAGGAACGAACCCAAAUUUAGAAACUAUGAAGGAUAUAUUAGUUACAUACAAUUUUCACAAUACAGAGCUUGGAGGAUAUGUGCAAGGCAUGUCAGAUCUUUUGGCCCCUCUCUUUGUGGUCAUGGGAAAUGAAGCAAUGGCGUUUUGGACAUUUAGUGCAUUGAUGGAUCGUGUGCAAUCCAACUUUUUUAUAGAUCAAUCAGGUAUGCAUAGACAACUCAAGACCUUGAAUGCAUUGAUUCAAUUUAUGGACCCUAAUCUUUAUCGACGAUUGGAAGAAACAGAAUCAUCUAAUCUCUUUUUCUGUUUUCGAUGGUUACUAGUAUGUUUUAAGCGUGAGUUUGAAUGGGAAGAUGUCAUUCGAUUGUGGGAGGUGCUCUGGACAGAUUAUCUAACGGAUAAAAUGAUUUUAUUCAUUGCUUUGGCUAUUAUUGAUAUGCACAGGAAACAAAUGAUGGAAGAGUUAAAUCAAUUUGAUGAGAUAAUCAAGUAUAUUAAUGAUUUAACAGGAAAUAUACCAUUAGAACCAGUAUUAGAAAGAGCAGAAGUUUUAUUUUAUCUGUUUGAAAGAAAAGUAAGAGCAAUACAACAUAAGAAAAGAUUGUUACAAGAGCAAUUACAAUCAAGAGCAGUCUGGAACAGUAAUGAAAGGCAAAAAAUACUAGAACAUAUUGACAAACUAAAUAUAUGUGAUAAUUUAUUGGCUUUACUGCCAAAGAUACCUAGUUCCACUUUAUAAGCUUAGUAAAGGAAAUAAACGAUAAUAUAUAUUUUUAUAUAUAUCCAUAAAUAAAUUGGAUUUAUCUUAUAAUAUCAUCUCAAA